UAGAAUUUAAUUUAAUUUCUUUUUUUUUUACAUUGCUUUAUUUAGCUCAAUAAGGUUUACGACUUAAUUGCAUCCCCCCCCCCCCUCCCUUUGCACCAUCCGCCUGCCCUCCCCUCUCCUCCUCUGGGGAUGUCACCUCAGCCGAUACUGUUGCGAUUUUGCAUGAUUUGGAAGGAGUGAGGCAACUGGGCAUCCCGGUCAGGAGGGUGAUGGACGAUGCGCGGUCCAUUUGGGCCACCGAGACACGCGCGCGUCUCUCAGUCCUGAAUGUAGAAGCGGCGGAGCGAGACACCGAGCAGGGUGUCACCGUCAGCUCCGGAUGCUGCGCCGCAGAAUCGGAUACACCGACCCGUCGUCGGGUAAAGACAUCCUUGGCAAUCGGUCCCUUUGUUUCAUGUUUAUUUGCGCCUUUGGACUGGUGACACUGUUGCAGCAGAUUCUCUAUGGGAAAAACUACAUUAAGAGUGCGCAACAGUUUAGCCGACUCAAAGGGGACGAGACAGGAAAUUGGAGCGGUCCCGUUAAUUUCUCGGAUGACGGAUCUCUGAAGCCCGCCAGAAAUGGAAGGAAAAGAUGUUUCCGUCAGCAUUUUCAGCCAGAUUCACAGAUCGCCGUAAUAGUCACACCCUGCCUAGCCGAUAUUAAGAAGAAAAACAAACGCUCUCACAGGUAUUUGGGAAACUAUGACGGGCCCUUUGCGUACAACUCGACAACAUGCAAAGAGCUCAGACAGGAGAUUAUGGACGUCAAAGUCCUGACAAUAAACAAUAAUCGGAAAAUACACGGUCAUGGGUAUCCUUCUUCAUUCCACAAGUCUCUCUGCCUGUCUGCCAGGGUCAAAACCUCUGAUCUGUUUGAGAGAUGGCGCAACCUGCAGGUGUGUAAGUGGGAGCAGAGCAAGGAGGAGACCAGUAACUUCAAGAUGUCGCUAUCUCGCUGCUGCAACGCUCCUUCCUUCCUGUUCACCACCAAGAGGAACACCCCCGCCGGGACCAAGCUGCGGUACGAGGUGGACACCAGCGGCAUCCUUCCCAUCACCACCGAGGUCUUCAAGAUGUUCCCAGAUGAUAUGCCAUACUCCAAAUCCCAGUACAAGAAAUGUGCCGUGAUCGGAAACGGUGGCAUCAUCAAGAACAGCAAGUGCGGAAAGGACAUUGACUCAGCAGACUUUGUCUUCAGAUGCAACAUACCGCCCGUCAGUGAGAAAUACUCAGCUGAUGUCGGUACAAAAACGGAUCUGGUCACGGUAAAUCCAAGCAUUAUCACCGAGAGGUUCCAGAAACUGGAGAAAUGGCGGCGCCCCUUCUACGACGUCCUGCUGAACUACGAGAACUCGUCCGUGGUCCUCCCGGCGUUCUACAACACGCGCAACACGGACGUGUCCUUCCGAGUCAAGUACAUGCUGGACGACUUCGACUCGCAGCGGGGCGUCUUCUUCUUCCACCCGCAGUACCUGCUCAACGUGCAGCGGUUCUGGGCGGUGCAGGGCGUGAGGGCCAAGCGCCUCAGCAGCGGCCUGAUGCUGGUCACCGCCGCCCUGGAGAUGUGCGAGGAGGUGCACCUCUACGGCUUCUGGGCCUUCCCCAUGAACCCGUCGGGCAUCUUCAUCACGCACCACUACUACGACAACGUCAAGCCGCGGCCGGGCUUCCACGCCAUGCCUCACGAGAUCUUCAACUUCAUUCACAUGCACGCCCGCGGCAUCGUGCACGUGCACACGGGCCCGUGCACGUGAACACGCACUCGGCCGUUUUCCCGGAAUCUCACGACAGUGGAACCUCCAAAGUGGAAUGUCAUUUUUUCAAAAUGUUCCCAUGUUCUUCAUUUAUUUUGUGGUUUUAGUUUUCAUUAAUAACAAUCUUAUUCGAUUGGGAAUUCAUUUAUUUACUAUAUUAUAAUAUUGAAUUAUAAUUACAUUUUUAUUCAUUACGGUUCAAUAUGUUCAAGUCUUAUAUUUGUUUCAAUUUACUACAGUAUUUAUAUAUUAAAACUAUUUAAUGAUUGUAAAUUACAAUAUAAUUAAUAAAUACAAAAUGUUAUUUUUUUAUUCGUUAUAAUAUUGUAAUGU